GACCAUCUGGCACAAGAUGCUCUUCACUUGUGCUCUGGUAUUUGUGUUACCCGGAUAUAUUUUUGGGCAAUACCUGCCAUUGUUGGAUACUGACUACGAGCAAUCAGCGGAGUACAAUGCAUACUCGGCGUUUCAGGGACCAGAUUCCAAUUUAAUGCAGGAUUUCUAUCAAAACAACAAAUUGGAUAAAAGUGCAGAUAUAGCAGGAGAAUCGCAUAGUAAUGAAGAGUUCGACGAAGCCGAUAAUACGAUUGUAUUAGGUCCAGAUAUACUUGUAAAGUCUUACAAAUAUCAGAUAUGGGAAAAACCUGACCCAGAUUUGGUGUCUUACUACAAUAGGAAAGGACAGGAACAAUUAAUACCAUGUAAAGAUAAUCCAGUUCGUUGCCCUAAAAAGGAUUUUACGAAAGAGGGUAUGUUACCUAUUACCUACAAUCCCCAUGGACUUACUUCUAAAUGGCCGAACACAACAAUAUAUUACGAAAUUGACUCAAGUGUGUCCAAAGACAAAGUAAAAGAAAUUUUAUUCCACAUUAAACUGAUUAAUCAAAGAACAUGCUUAAACAUAAUUAAAUUGCCUACACCUCGUCCCAAUGUUGACAGCUAUAUCUCUUAUCACGAGAAGCAUUUUUGUAAUAUACCUAUGGGAUAUAGAAAAGGGCUAAUAAUAGAGACAUGGUUGAGUGGCUGUAAUGGCAGUUUAGCUAUAUUGCACGCUUUGAAUUUUGAUCAUAUCCACAAUGCGGGAAAUCGAGAUGAAUAUAUAACUAUAAAUAUGGAUAAUAUAGGUCCGUCACAUGUGGAUCAAAAUUUCCAAAAACAGAAUGCAAGAAACUUUGAUAUAAGAUAUGACUACGAAAGUGCAUUUCAUAUGCAUAAUUGCGUAUACGCAAAAUCGGAGCUCCCUGUAAUCACAUAUAAUAGGUGCCCAUCUAUGAGAUUUGAAGAUGAUAGACAAGUUACGGAAUGGGACUAUUUUAAGAUUAAUAGGCUAUAUUGUCCAAAAUGGUACUAUAAUAAAAAAAAAUAAAAUUGAUUCUAUUAACAAAAACCUCAUCAUCCAUGAAUAUGAAUAAAUUUUAACUCACUGUAUCUGGCAGGUACAAUGGUAUUAUACACUUAAAAUAAACAAGAGAGAAUGCUACAGUCGAGCAAGCCCAACAGUAAAA